GUAUAGGUCGAGGAAAACGGAUCGCGGGUGAGGGAGUACGGCAGGAUGUCGCUGCAGCGCGUCGCCGUUGCGUAUGUUCUUGAGUGACAUUUCUCACGCAUCUCGGCGAGUACCCGGCGACGGCCCCGGCGCGCUUGGAGAGGAACGGAGAAGACGGGAACGCGAACGCGCGGCUUAGCUGAGGGUGAUAAGGUGAAGAAACCGCGCCCGCCGCCGCUCGCGUUGGCGCGAGGCGACGCGAUUAAAUGAGACGGGGCAGUACUUGGUCAGGUAUUACGUCUGGUGUGCGAACAUGUCUACGGAGGCCGCCCUGAAUGACGUGUCGAACGUCGCGUCGAGGCUGCAGGGCCUGCGACUGGCGACGCACGCUGAGGACGAGCGCGACGCGGCCAGCGAGAACGCGACUGCGGUUGCUGGUGGCUCGACGACAGCGGCCGGCAGCAGCGUGGUGGCCGACGGCGGCGGUGGACCGUCAUCGUCGUCGUCGUCGUCGUCGUCGUUGUUGCGGGAGCCGCUACGGAAUAUCACUCUCAUCCGGGCGCGGCGCGCGCUUAACUUUGUCGGCGACGAGGAUCAACCGUUGAGCUCGACGUCCGCUGCGCGGAGCGAGCCCUCCAUCUCUAACAGCGACAACCGGCCACCUACCAACGCAGCAAAUAUAUCGUAUCUGGAUGGACGACCACAGAAUAAUGCUACUUUAGAGAACUCCACUACGCAGAAUCAACCUGCAGUUAUGUACAACUGGCAAGGUACAAAGGCAACAAUGCGCGAGAGGAUUGUAUUCCUUUUUAAUAAUGAGAUACUGUCAGACGUGACUUUUCUGGUGGGAAGAGGAGCGCAGCAGCAACGCAUACCGGCUCACAAACUAGUCUUGUCCUGUGGAAGUGCUGUAUUUGACGCAAUGUUUAACGGAACGCUUGCAACAGCUUCUUCGGAAAUAGAAGUACCUGAUGUAGAGCCUGCUGCAUUUUUGGCAGUGCUCCUUUUUCUAUACACUGAUGAAAUACAGAUAGAUCCUGAAACUGUGAUGACGACACUAUAUACUGCUAAGAAAUAUGCAGUGGCUGCUUUAGAGAAGCAUUGCGUCGAUUUUUUAAAGAACAAUUUGACAAGUGAUAACGCUUUCUUGCUGUUGACACAAGCUCGUCUGUUUGACGAGCCACAAUUAGCCUCUGUAUGCUUGGACACCAUAGACAGAUUCACAACUGAGGCCUUCAAUGCGGAUGGAUUCACAGAUAUUGAUAUUGAUACAUUGAUGAUAGUCUUAGAAAGAGAUACUCUCCGUGUUAGGGAAUCUAAAUUAUUUCAAGCUGUUUUAAGGUGGUCAGAAGCUGAAUGUGUGAGACAGGAAUUAUCAGUCACUCCAGAAAAUCAACGUCUGGUUUUAGGCGAUGCUUUAUCUUUAGUUCGUUUUCCUCUUAUGUCUAAAGAAGAGUUUACAGCGGGUCCAGCGCAAUCUGGAUUAUUAAAUUAUUCAGAGGUCUUAUCUUUAUUCUCAUAUUUCAUACUAAAUCCUAAACCUUCGGUGGGAUUUCAAACAAUGCCGCGGUGUUGUAUGACGGGCAAGGAACAAACUGUAUGCAGGUUUCAACAUACAAAAAGUAGAUGGGGAUAUUUUGGAACUAGUGAUCGUAUUCGAUUUAGCGUGGAUAGACGUAUCUUUUUGAUCGGUUACGGCGUUUACGGUAGCACCCAAGAACCAGCGAUAUAUGAAGUAACAGUCGAAUUAAUUCACACUGCAUCAGGAAAAGUGAUAGCUACAAAUGCAACAAGUUUUAGCUGUGAUGGAUCAAAGUACACAUACCGUCUAAUGUUUAAAGAAUUAGCGGAAAUCUUACCCAAUACGAUUUAUACGGCAUCAGCAACUUUUAAGGGGCCAUAUUCGUAUUAUGGCACAAAAGGAAUGAAAACAGUGUUGGUAGAUUGUGAUUCAGGAAAUGGAAAAGUGAAAUUCAAAUUUAGCAGCGAAUUAGGAGAUAAUAAUGGCACGUCUACUGAUGAAGGUCAAAUACCCGAGCUUAUCUUUUACACGUAAUAUCAUUCGCGUAAUGACAUUCCUGGUACUUGUUUGACUGACUAUCAUAAAUUAUGUAAAUUAUGUGAAAGUAUGCCGGAUUUUGUCAAUUAUAUAUAUCUUGUGAUCGUUUAAAGCAGUGAUUUGAUUUAAGUGAUCUAUGGGCAUGCCAAAGGAAUUAACCCAAGAUUUUUUCAUACUCUUAUAUAGUUGAUAUCGCUUGAUUUUAUUGAAUAAUAAGUUUGAUAAAUUUAACAUUUUUACGAGAUACGCCAAUCUUACAAUCAACCAUGUUAUUAUAUGCGUUUGAUCUUUCUACAAACAUAACGUAAUAUAUUACUCGUCUUUCAGAUUUACAUAUUAAGAUUGUUUCAAUAUAUCAACUGUAGUUGAUAUGUUAAUUAUUAAUUAAUUGUACAAGUAAGAUUGAUGUUUAGAAUUGGAGAUGUAUAAUCUAUUUUUCUAUCGUUUUAAUUAAGAUUCGUGAAAACCAAAAAUAUAGUUGUAUAACGAUGUUAAAAAAAAGAUCACGAGAAUAAGUACAAGAAGGAGAUCAAUCAUGCACACUCUGAUUUUGCCUAAACAUUUCUCUCAUUCAGAAUAUGUAUAUCGACAUAAUUUGAAAUUGUAAGUAGUUAAAUGUAUAUCCUUUCUUUCAAUGCAAAAGUAAUUAACACAAUAAAAGCCUAAAGCGUGUGAAAUAUUUUUUAGUAAAUUAGUAUUUUGGUAAUCACAGUGCGCAAAGCAAUGUAGAACCCAAUGGAAUCUUGUUACUGCAAUUAAAUACGAAAAAUAGUCAAACGAAAGUAGUAUAAAACACCAUUUUUUAUUAUUUUCUAAUAAAAUACUUGUAUCUAUUCGGCGAUUUAUUUAAAUUUUGAUAGAACUUAAUAUAUUCCUCUUUCUUUAACGAAAGAAAACAUUUAAAAUUUUUAUUUUUGUUAGUAAUAAAUGGUGCUAGCUAAUGAGAUAACAUUGUUAUCCUUAGCAUUUUAGAGAUAAGCGUACUUCGUAAGUUCAAUAUUGUGUUUUUCUUGAGAUAGCGUGUAUGAUUUCAUUUGUGAUUAUAUUUAAUUUUUAAAGAUGUACACACAUAUACACAUGUAACGUUAAAUAAUUAAAUAGAUUUAUUCCGCAAAA